AUGGACUCGCGCAGCUCUCACUAUGUCCGCCUGCGUGGUAGACCGGACCUGGCAUUGGAGGUGCGCAAGCGGACCUUCACGGCAGCGGUGCCCGCCAGCCUGUCCGAGAGCACCGUCAUGACGUCGCCCUCGUCGGAUGGCUCCCCCGGUGUGGGAUCGCCAACGGCUACCAAGUGCCCACCGCAGGCGGGGGCGUCCGAAGCGUUCCUUCCUCCACUGAGCGGCAGCUGGCCGAACGACGCUCGCUACCGCGACCACGAAGACCAGCUGGCCAGGGUGCAGGCCCUGGUCAGGGGAUUCCUGGCCAGGAGGGAAUACGCCAAGCUGCACGCCCGUCCGAAGCCGCCGGCGCUGCUUCAGGAGUCCGAAGAGACGCCCGUCUCGCUGGCGGCCAUGGAAGAGGCCUGGAGCCUGCCGAGGUGCCUGCGGGCGCUGCCCGUGCUACCCGAGAAGGGACGCGAGUGGCCGGCGCCGUUGCUCUUCGUGUGCGGUGGUCUGGGACCACAGAAGCGGCUCGAGUACAGCUGCGCCGUCCUCGGAUUCGCCGCGGGACGCAUCUGGCGGUGCGGGAAGGCCCCUGCUGCAUCAUAUUGGACGAUUCCACCUCUUCGCGCGCUGCAGCUUCCGCAGCCUCGACAUCAGCACGCGGUGACCUGCCUGGACGAUGCCCUGUACGUGCUGGGAGGCUUGGACACGCGCAACAGCCGUCGUGGGCUGCGCCUUGCGACCAGCGCCUGCUUCCGCUACCGCUUCCGGAUCGCGUCUGACCGGAAGGCCGGGAAGGCGCCCACGGGUCAGUGGGAGCGGCUUCCCGACAUGCGCCACGCGCGCAUCAACCACGCUGCGGUGGCCCUCAAGGGGCGCGUCUACGCCGUCGCCGGACAGGAUGAGUUCGAUGUCUUCCUGAGCUCGGUGGAGUGGUACGAGCCCGGCGCGCCGUCGUGGUGCGAGCUGCCGUGGCCGUUGCCAUGCCGCCUGUCGGCGUGCGGCGUGGCCUCCUUCCGCGGGGCCCUGCACGUGGCCGGCGGACUGGUGCAGGCGCCCCGGCACCCGGACUGCCUGUACGUGGUGUCGUCGCUGCUGCGCUGGGACUCCGCUGGCCGCUGGCAGAGGGCUGGGCCCAGCCUGCCCUCCGGAAGGGGAUCGUUGGCGCUCGUCGAACACGACGGCUCCCUGUACGCCAUAGGAGGCCUCGCAAGGACAGAGACUGGUCACCUCCGCGUGCUCAAUGAAGUCAUAGCGUACAACGAGAAGGAUGGAUUUUGGCGCAAAUGCCAACCUCUUCCGGAGCCGCUACAUGCCUGCCAGGCAGUCUCUCUUGGAGAAGUUGCGCUAAGCAAAAACACGUGUGCUCCUAAGAUUUCGGAAGCGUUCUUCAUCAACAUGAAAAGUGAUAGCUGGGUCGAUGACCGCACCACGGAGGCUCAGGAAGUCCAUUCCAAGAAUGACAUCUCUCAAGCAAUGCUGCAGUACGGCGAAGCUUGCGUGACAAAUGCGGCUGUUAAUGGUCACUCUGGCUGCACAGAUGCCCGCUGGUGUCACCAGGUCGUCGGUGUCUUCUUCAAGACGUGGACUUGGUUCACGGCUGGAGGGGGCUUGCGGUACAUGGAUCGGGAAGCACCUCCACCAGAUGUCACUGGGUCGUGA